UACAUCUAGAGACCGCUGCCUGUACGCUUCCCUCCUCACCAGUCACCGCUCACGAGGAAGGAGGAGAGGAACCUCGAGACGCUUCGUACCAACCGAGAGCGUUCGCGUCGGAGAUAUGGAGGACGGCGGGAGGAAGCAGGAGACGGCGGCGUCCAGGGCGCAGAGGGAGGCCGCAGCGGCCGGCGUCUCCGUGCAAGAGUGGCUGCAGCACGUCAAGGCCACCUUCCUCGGCCUGGUGCGGAAGGUGACGGCGAGGACCGAGCAGGAGGCGGCGGAGGCGGACAUGGGGGCGGCCAAGGCGCAGGUGGAGGCCACCGACGAGGCGGAGGCCAAGAAGAAGCAGCUCGCACGAGGAUCAGCCGUGUAGUUUAACCAGCUUUCUUUCUUGCUUGAUGUUGUAGCCCGUGGCAUCUGAAACAGUGAUGCAUCCUUCGUUUCAGGUCGAAAGUUAAUACAUCAUGUAGUCAUGUACUCGUGUAUAUAUGGUCAUAUAUUCUGGACUAGGCAGCCUAUUGCAAGUGAAA